GUUCGCAAUGAAAAAAUCAAAAAUCAAAAAUCAAAUACCAAAUACCAAGUACCCAAUAGCGGUGCCCUACCCUCCACCUCUUCCGCCACCUUCCACUGUUUAGAUUCUUAGCUGCAGUUGGGCAAAGAUUUUUCUCAUCUCUGUCAUGGCAACUAGACUUCAGUUUGAGAAUAAUUGUGAGGUUGGAGUCUUCUCAAAACUUACCAAUGCCUACUGUUUGGUUGCCAUUGGGGGUUCCGAAAAUUUCUACAGUGCCUUUGAGGCUGAGUUAGCAGAUGUUAUCCCUGUUGUCAAAACCUCCAUUGGUGGAACUCGUAUCAUUGGUCGUCUUUGUGUUGGAAACAAGAAUGGUCUUCUCUUGCCCCAUACCACAACAGACCAAGAACUUCAACAUUUGAGGAAUAGUUUACCCGAUCAAGUUGUUGUUCAACGCGUAGAUGAAAGAUUAUCGGCUCUGGGAAAUUGUAUAGCAUGUAAUGACCAUGUUGCCCUCGCACACACCGAUCUCGACAAGGAAACUGAGGAGUUAAUUGCAGAUGUUCUUGGAGUAGAAGUUUUCAGGCAAACUAUCGCGGGCAACAUUCUUGUUGGCAGUUACUGCGCCUUAUCAAACAGGGGUGGUUUGGUUCACCCACAUACUUCAAUUGAAGACCUGGAUGAGCUUUCGACCCUUCUUCAGGUGCCCUUGGUGGCUGGGACUGUCAACCGUGGCAGUGAAGUAAUAGCAGCCGGCAUGACAGUAAAUGACUGGACAGCAUUUUGCGGGUCAGAUACGACGGCAACGGAACUGUCCGUGAUUGAGAGUGUUUUCAAGCUGAGAGAAGCACAGCCCAAUGCAAUUGCGAAUGAGAUGAGGAAAUCUCUCAUUGAUAGUUAUGUAUGAGUGAUAAAACUGUAGCCACUUUGCAUACCGUAGUGUUCUGCUUAUUUUGUGCCAAGGUAUUAAAGUUUUGGUGAUAGCUUUUGUGAUAUUUUUCUAUUUUUCCUUUUGUGGAACAACUUGGUCAUAGUGUGUCGUCUAAAUUAUAAACACUUAAUUCAAUCAAGAAUUUUGGCUUUAAUUAA